GGGGAGGGCCCGGCGCUGCGGGAGGCGGCGGCAGGACUCGGGCCGAGCGUGGCCGGACCCCCACCCGCCCAGGCGCCCCGGGACGACGCGUUUCUAGGAGGAAUCUGAGCGUGGCAGGCUCCAGAGCGGGAGUCUUGGGUCCUUGAGCGAUCGCUCGGCUCCAGUCCCUAAUCUGCCACCAUUCCGUGCUGCGGGGACACCAUGGCUCCAGAGGAGGACGCUGGAGGGGAGGCCCUCGGGGGCAGUUUCUGGGAGGCUGGUAACUACAGGCGGACGGUGCAGCGGGUGGAGGAUGGGCACCGGCUGUGCGGGGACUUGGUCAACUGCUUCCAGGAGCGUGCCCGCAUUGAGAAAGCCUACGCCCAGCAGCUGGCGGAGUGGGCUCGCAAGUGGAGGGGUGCUGUGGAGAAGGGCCCGCAGUAUGGCACGCUGGAGAAGGCCUGGCACGCCUUCUUCACGGCGGCCGAGCGGCUGAGCGCGCUGCACCUGGAGGUGCGGGAGAAACUGCAGGGGCAAGACAGCGAGCGGGUGCGAGCCUGGCAGCGGGGGGCCUUCCACCGGCCCGUGCUGGGGGGCUUCCGCGAGAGCCGCGCGGCUGAGGACGGUUUCCGCAAAGCACAGAAGCCCUGGCUGAAGAGGCUGAAGGAGGUGGAGGCUUCCAAGAAGAGCUACCACGCGGCGCGGAAGGAGGAGAAGACGGCGCAGACCCGCGAGAGCCACGCCAAGGCCGACAGCUCCAUGUCCCAGGAGCAGAUGCGGAAGCUGCAGGAGCGCGUGGACCGCUGUGCCAAGGAUGCCGAGAAGGUGAAAAGCCAGUAUGAGCAGACACUGGCCGAGCUGCACCGCUACACGCCGCGCUACAUGGAGGACAUGGAGCAGGCCUUCGAGAGCUGCCAGACCGCCGAGCGCCAGCGCCUUGUCUUCUUCAAGGACAUGCUGCUCACCCUCCACCAGCACCUCGACCUCUCCAGCAACCAGAGGUUCCACGAGCUCCAUCAGGACCUGCAUCAGGGCAUCGAGGCAGUCAGCCAUGAGGAGGACCUGCGCUGGUGGCGCAGCACCCACGGGCCAGGCAUGGCCAUGAACUGGCCGCAGUUUGAGGAGUGGUCCUUGGACACACAGAGGACUAUCAGCCGGAAGGAGAAGGGCAGCCGGAGCCCUGAUGAGGUUACUCUGACCAGCAUCGUGCCCACCAGAGAUGGCACUGUGCCCCCACCCCAGUCCCCGGGGUCCCCAGGCAGUGGGCAGGAAGAGGAGUGGUCGGAUGAGGACAGCACCCGGAAAGCUGCUGCUGGGGUCCGGGUGCGGGCCCUGUAUGACUAUGCCGGCCAGGAAGCAGAUGAGCUGAGCUUCCGAGCAGGGGAGGAGCUGCUGAAAAUGAGCGAGGAGGACGAGCAGGGCUGGUGUCAGGGCCAACUGCAGAGCGGCCGCAUCGGUCUGUAUCCUGCCAAUUACGUGGAGUGCGUGGGAGCCUGAGCCGCCUCGACCUCUUCUGCAAAGUUCUCCAUCACUAGUCAGAGCCCAGAUGCUCCCGGACAACCGGACUCCAGGGCCCUGAGCCCCGAGCCCCUUGCAGCCCCUCUGUCCCCUGACAUGGGUGGCGAUCCAGGAACCCAGGGAGGGGAGGGGCCUGCCUUUAGGAAGGGACUUGGGGGAAAGGCCAACUGAGGCCAGGCUGAGAGGAGCAUGGGGGGUUCAGAAGGUGACAGAAAGGCUCAGGGAUGACUGGGUCUCUCUCCCCAGGAGCCUUGGGCCCAGUUCCUGGUCCUGUGUCUUGGAGUUCCUGGGGUGGACUUGGGCUGAGUAUAGUUCUGGGCUAACGACACCUUUUGUGACUUGUUCUAGUGUGUAUUAAACUUGGGGAAACAAAA